AUGCCGCGUCUGUGGACGGUUUGCUGGUCCUCCUGGGGUGUUUCCGACAUUGGCUGCCUCUCUCGAGGACGGACGCUUCCUUGGACACGAAGCGCUACGCAACUAGGUUCACGUACGCUACGCAGAGACCAGCAGUUAGGGACUAGUGGCUGCAAACCAGAGCGGCUUUGGUACCCGCUAGCGAGGCCAAUCAGGCUCACUGCUCAUCGGUGGCUUUCAGCGAUGAGCGAGUCUGCUUCUUCUGAGUCCACAGACAAUUUGAAGAAAAGGAAUAUUGCCCUAUGGUUCGGGUACGCUGGCACGGAGUUUCGUGGCUCACAGGUUCUUGAGCCGCGACGCCGGCAACCAGUGGCAACUGCCGCCAACGAGGCCGGCUCGGGCGAUAGAGCCGUGGACUUGCGCGAUGGCACCGUUGAGGGCGAGCUUGCGCAAGCGCUCUAUCGAAUUGGUGCAGUAACGGAACUGAACUUUAUGAAACUGAGCAAGAUCUGCUGGUCGCGAGCGUCCCGUACCGACAAGGGCGUGCACGCAGUGGCCAAUGUCGUGUCGGCAAAACUGCUACUGGACCUCAGACGCGACCUCACGAGCAAUGACGAACUAACUGAUCUUUUCGUGGACAGACUCAACGCCCAGUUGCCACCAAAUAUUCGAGUUUUCGGGGGCCAACGCAUGAGCAAGGGUUUCCGCGCUCGUUCCGCGUGCACCCUGCGUGAGUACGAUUACCUGCUGCCGCGUUGGGUGCUGGAUGGACGCGAGGACCUAUUCCUUCAGGCAUUACGCUGCUUCGAAGGAACACAUCGCUUUCAUAAUUUUAGUGGGAAAGAGCGCAGAAUCCAAGGACGCGGGAAGCAGACGAGUCAUGAUGCGCUAGCGAAAGUGCUCAACGGCGACAUGGACGGGGCCGAUGAUGACAAUGACGACGAUGUCGACGAUGAAGAUGGGGAUGACGAUGAGGAUGAGGCUAUCGAUUGUGAUCGAGAUGAUCAUCAUGAAUCCCGCAGUGAUGGCGCUGAAGCCGAUGCUUCUACCCGGACAUGGAUGAAUGCGACGGCUGGCGAGCAAUGCGAGCGAGAUGAUGAUGAGAAGGGGCGCGCAUCACUGCAUCGCUUUCGGGAUGAUCGAGCGCAAGGUUUUUUUGGUACAACAUCUCCAGCGGCGCAUUAUCGAUCAGGCUCGGGGGCGAGCGUACAGGCAGCAGCUGCCAAACGCAAUCGUGCAGAUUUGCAGGGAAACGAACAAGAACAGAGCGAUGCGGAUGGAUCAUCGCAUGGACCAGUUCCUCAUCACGAAUCCGAAUCACAGAAUGGACACGGGAACAACGCCAGUGCACAAGGCGAAAUGGAGGGAACGAUGCAAGCCCGCACAACGACACGCCCGCCAUCACGCUUUCAACAAGAACUGGAUAUCGCAAAGCAAGUCAUUCAAGAGAUUCAUCCGGACAAGGAGCGGGCUCCUAUCGAGCACGAUGAUGCACGCUGCGUUCAGCUGGAAGCGCGGGAGCCGUUUCGCCGCAUGGUGCAGGUCGCGUAUCCCGUUGCGCACCUGGAUCGCCUCCGCCGACCCUAUUAUCUUCGAACGCUCUACCGUUUCCAUGUAGAGCCCUUUUUGAGCAGGGAUGAUCACGGGUGUGACUUUCUCCUCGUGCGUGUUCGAGGUCAGUCGUUCGUGCUCCAUCAGAUUCGGCGGCUCAUCGGUGCUGGGAUCCUUGUGGCUCGGGGCCAUCUAUCCCUAGAAGCGUUAGAGGCCGCCCUUGAAGGUCCCUAUCGAGUAGUUUUUUGGCGCGCUCCCGGCUCCUGCCUGAUGCUCUAUCAACCAUCGUUCUGGGAUCCACGUCGUCGUCUCUUCCGACUGGUCCCGAGUCCCAGGAUCAAGGCGCGAAUGCAGCGCUUUCGGCAGGAAACCUUAAUUCCCCAGGUAUGCGCCAUUGGUCAGCUAGAAUGGAAAGCUUUUCUCGAUCCGGCACAAGGUGCUAAGGUUGUGUAUUGUCAUCAAGAGCAACUCGUGGAACAAUAUCGGCUGUGGCGAGAGCGUGUUACCGCUGCUGCAGAGGAAAGGCGACAUCAGUCAAUGCCUACGGACCCACAGAAAGCGCACCGGGCGGGUAGCACUGUGGAACUUCCGCGUGGUAUCCAAACGACAAUGGCGAUCCAUUUCAAUCUGCUGCCAGGUCCCGAGCUCGCAAGACUGCGCCAAGAACUACAGGCAGCAGCUGAAAAUGGGAAACUGCCUCGUCAGCCAAGCACUGUAGAAUGCCUCGCGUACUGUGAGCGUCUUUACACGGAUCGAGCAGUGGAUAUACAAGGAGUUGCUUGCGUCGAAUAG